CCUUGUUGCUGCGGGCUACCAAAAUCCAGUCUUGUGGCUCUCUCCUCUUGGCGGGUGGACCAAAAGCGACGACGUGCCUCUUGAUGUUCGUGUAACUCAGCAUCAAGCCGUCCUCGACGAGCGUAUGCUUGAUCCGGAUUGGACCGUGAUGGGUAUAUGGCCUGCUCCAAUGAUAUACGCCGGCCCCACGGAGGUUCAGUUUCACGCAGCAAGUCGUCGCGCCGCUGGAGCGUCCUUCUUUGUUGUUGGACGCGAUGCUGCUGGUAUUAAGAGCUCCCCAGAAGCCACAUGGAACCCCGACGAUGACAUGUAUGACGCCAAUCAUGCCCGCUUUGCUCUUCAAAUGUCGCCUGUGCUUGAAGAUGCCCGCAUGGCUUUGCUUUCAUUCGACAAAUUCUACUACGAUAAAACAGAUCACCAAAUGAAGGCCUUGGAUCCAUCACGGGAGGAUGAUUUCAUAUCUAUUUCCGGCAGCAAGAUGCGCAAGCUUGCCGCUCAGGGAGCAACACCUUGCCGGGACCCUAUUCCUUCUGACCUUUUGGCCGCAAAUUGUGUACCCCAGGGAUUUAUGGUCCCUAGCGGCUGGGCUAUCGUGUGCGACUACUACCAGAACAUCGAGUCCCCCGAUUGGAUACCAUGGUCCAAGGCCGUUGUUCAGCCCCUGGUCGACGAGAAUACGGUGGCUCAUGGCACGUACGGCAAAACCGAUUUUGCUGUUUUUCUGACACGCGGCAAUAAGCAAGCAUCACCCUGGCAUGAUAUUCCCUUGGUUGUCCCAACAACGACAUCAGCUGCUGUCUCAAGCACUGCCCAGUUCAACAUGAUCACAGAGAUCCCGAAACAUACCUCGGCUAAGAUGGAAGUCAUGAAGGACAAGUGGUCGAAUCCGAUUAUGCAAGACACCAAUAAGGACGGAUCUCCACGUUAUUAUACGUACGGCGUGCCCUUCUUUAAUUACGGACUGCUCCCUCAGACUUGGGAGGAUCCACAUAUGAUAUCGGACGAAGGGUUCGGUGGUGAUAACGAUCCUCUUGACGUGAUUGAGGUCGGUGAAUCCCCAUUGGCUCUGGGCUCUGUGACGGAGGUUAAGGUGCUUGGCUCCCUUGAGCUGAUAGAUGAGGGUGAAACAGAUCAUAAAAUCAUCGCCCUUCGGACGUCUGACCCCAGAUCAGUUUCCAUCAAUGACGUGAAAGACCUUGAGAAUCACGUUCCAGGGCUUACGGCCAGGCUUGUCGACUGGUUGAAAAUGUAUAAGACCAGCGAUGGUAAAGCCAUCAAUGUGUUGUCGAAUAGCGGUGAACCUACUUCACGCCUGGAGGCAGUGAGCAUCAUUUCUGAGUGUCAUGAAAAAUGGACGGAGUUAGUCGCUACUGGCGCCUCGGAAUAUCCAGAAUUUUGGCUCGGCCAUUCUGGAAAGAACUAAAGGACUUUGUUUCUCGGAAAAUGCGACCAAAUCCAGAAAAAUCUAUCAAACAUGUGUUAUUUCGUGCUCAACGAGCAUAUACUAUGAAUCGUCCUUCAAGAAAUUAUUUAGCGAUGUGUGCAAUCCAAGAUGGAGUUUCUCGACUGACGCAACAUGUUUGCUUGCACAUGCGAUUUAGAGAUGGAUGAUGUUGGACGACAGCAUUGAAACGUUUGUGGAAGCGCAAAUCCCAAACGUAGGGCGAGCAGUGGGGUGAGCAGCAGCAAGGGGGCGGGGGCGGACCCCCUAGGGCUGCCUAGCUCGUCAUGAUCGCCAACGAAUGGAGCGCGACUUGAGAGCGGCCUGGCACCCUAGCGGACUCCUGGACGUAGCUUAAUUGGGGCGGCGGCCGCGCGAUCGCACCACUGGCAGUGGCGGCCGCGGCGUCCCGAGGCCACGCGAGCCGCGUUAGCUUACGGGAGCAGGCUAAUGGCAGCAGAAGGGCAGCCUGUCUAGUGUGUGCUAGAACGUAUAUAUCAUUCGUUCUCUACAUGGG